AUGGAAAAGCUCUACAUGGAAAAUGAAGGAAAGCCGGAAAGCGAGGGAAAGCCAGAAGAUGAAGUAGAUACAGAGGAUGAAGGAAAGUCAGACGGGAAGGAAAAGCCAGAAGUGGAGGGGAAGCCAGGGCACGAGGGAAAGCUCCAAGAUCAAGGACAGCCAGAUGAUGAGGGGAAACAAGAAAGGCAGAGCAAGUCCCAGGGUGAGGGAAAAGCUCGCAGUGAGGGCAAGCCAGAACCCCAGGCCAAGCCAGAACCCCAGGCCAAGCCAGAGAGCCAGCUGCGAGCUGCCGAAAAACGCCCGGCUGAAGAGUAUGUGCCCCGGAAAGCAAAGCAAAAAACGGACAGGUGGACGGAUGAUUCCCUCAAGGACUAUCAGGAGGACUUACAGAAAAGGCAUUUGGGCAUUGAGGAGAGGAUGAGAGAAUGUGGAGAUGUAGCAAGGGCUCAGGAAGAGCUAAGGAAAAGACAGAAAACAGGUAGUUUUCACUGGAUGCAAAGAGAUGUACAGGAUCCAUUCUCCCAAGGGGCCAGUGGGGUGUCAGGGGAGUGA